GAAUUUGACGAUCCACGUGACGCAGACGAUGCAGUAUAUGAGUUGAACGGCAAGGAUUUAUGUGGUGAGCGCGUUAUCCUGGAGUUUUCACGUCGUGGACCACGAGGACGUGGCGGCAUGUACGAUAGGUAUCCACCACCCAGACGCGAAUCAAGGUCAGAUUCGAGGAAUAUUCGGUAG